UCUGUCUUUCCCCCGUAUCUCCCCAUUCUCUCUCCCCUGGUCAUGCUGUAGCCAACUGGAAGGGGGCUCAGGCACCUGGGCAGGCUCCUCCCUGGGACGGACCCUCAGCUUCAUCUUGGGCAUGACCGGAAAGGCCAAGACCCGGGAAAAAGAGAAAAUGAAGGAAGCCAAGGACGCCCGCUAUACCAACGGGCACCUCUUCACCACCAUCUCCGUUUCGGGCAUGACCAUGUGCUAUGCCUGUAACAAGAGCAUCACAGCCAAGGAGGCCCUCAUCUGCCCAACCUGCAAUGUGACUAUCCACAACCGCUGUAAAGACACCCUCGCCAACUGUACCAAGGUCAAGCAGAAGCAACAGAAAGCUGCCCUGCUGAAGAACAACACUGCCUUGCAGUCUGUUUCACUUCGCAGUAAGACCACCACUCGGGAGCGUCCCAGCUCUGCCAUCUACCCCUCCGACAGCUUCCGACAGUCCCUGCUUGGGUCCCGCCGUGGCCGCUCCUCCUUGUCUUUAGCCAAAAGUGUUUCCACCACCAACAUUGCUGGACACUUCAACGAUGAGUCUCCCCUGGGGCUGCGCCGGAUCCUCUCCCAGUCCACAGACUCCCUCAACAUGCGGAACCGGACCCUGUCAGUGGAGUCCCUCAUCGACGAAGGUGCAGAGGUGAUCUACAAUGAGCUGAUGAGUGACUUUGAGAUGGAUGAAAAGGACUUUGCAGCUGAUUCCUGGAGCCUUGCUGUGGAUAGCAACUUUUUGCAGCAGCAUAAAAAGGAGGUGAUGAAGCAGCAGGAUGUCAUUUAUGAGCUGAUCCAGACAGAGCUACACCAUGUGCGGACCCUGAAGAUCAUGACCCGCCUCUUCCGCACGGGGAUGCUGGAAGAGCUACAGCUGGAGCCAGGAGUGGUCCAGGGCCUGUUCCCCUGCGUGGACGAACUCAGUGACAUCCAUACACGCUUCCUCAGCCAGCUGUUAGAACGCCGACGCCAGGCCCUGUGCCCUGGCAGCACCCGGAACUUCGUCAUCCAUCGCUUGGGUGACCUGCUCAUCAGCCAGUUCUCAGGUCCCAGUGCAGAGCAGAUGCGGAAGACCUACUCGGAGUUCUGUAGCCGCCACACCAAGGCCUUAAAGCUCUAUAAGGAGCUAUAUGCCCGAGACAAACGCUUCCAGCAGUUCAUCCGGAAAGUGACCCGCUCGGCCGUGCUGAAGCGGCAUGGUGUACAGGAGUGCAUCCUACUGGUGACUCAGCGCAUCACCAAGUACCCGGUGCUCAUCAACCGGAUCCUGCAGCAUUCCCACGGGAUCGAGGAGGAGCGCCAGGACCUGACGACGGCACUGGGGCUGGUGAAGGAGCUGCUGUCCAAUGUAGACCAGGAUGUGCACGAGCUGGAGAAAGGGGCCCGCCUGCAGGAGAUCUACAACCGUAUGGACCCUCGGGCCCAGACCCCAGUGCCUGGCAAGGGCCCUUUUGGCCGAGAGGAGCUUUUGCGGCGCAAGCUCAUCCACGAUGGUUGCCUGCUCUGGAAGACAGCUACUGGGCGCUUCAAAGAUGUGCUCAUGCUGCUGAUGACAGAUGUGCUGGUAUUUCUCCAGGAGAAGGACCAGAAGUACAUCUUUCCUGCCCUGGACAAGCCCUCGGUGGUGUCACUGCAGAAUCUAAUUGUGCGGGACAUUGCCAACCAGGAGAAAGGGAUGUUUCUGAUCAGCGCGGCACCCCCUGAGAUGUAUGAGGUCCACACGGCAUCCCGGGAUGACCGGAGCACCUGGAUCCGCGUCAUUCAGCAGAGCGUGCGAGUAUGCCCAUCCAGGGAGGACUUCCCCCUGAUUGAGACAGAGGAUGAGGCUUACCUGCGGCGUAUCAAGAUGGAGCUGCAGCAGAAAGACCGGGCACUGGUGGAGCUGCUGCAGGAGAAGGUUGGGCUGUUUGCCGAGAUGACCCACUUCCAGGUGGAAGAGGAUGGCAGCAGCGGGAUGCCCCUGCCCACCCUGCCCAGGGGGCUUUUCCGCUCUGAGUCCCUCGAGUCCCCUCGUGGCGAGCGGCUGCUGCAGGAUGCCAUCCGUGAGGUGGAGGGCCUGAAAGACCUGCUGGUGGGGCCUGGAGUGGAGCUGCUCUUGACACCCCGGGAACCAACCCUGUCCACAGAACCGGACAGUGGUGGUAACACGAGUCCUGGAGUCACUGCCAAUGGUGAGGCCAGAACCUUCAAUGGCUCCAUUGAGCUUUGCAGAGCUGACUCAGACUCCAGCCAGAAGGAUCGAAAUGGAAAUCAGCUGAGAUCUCCCCAGGAGGAAGCGUUGCAGCGAUUGGUCAAUCUCUAUGGACUUCUACAUGGCCUACAGGCGGCUGUGGCCCAGCAGGACACUUUGAUGGAAGCCCGGUUCCCUGAGGGCCCCGAGCGGCGGGAGAAGCUGACCCGAGCCAACUCCCGGGAUGGAGAGGCUGGCAGAGCCGGGGCUGCCCCUGUGGCUCCUGAAAAGCAGGCUACGGAACUGGCAUUGCUGCAGCGGCAACACGCGCUGCUGCAAGAGGAGCUACGGCGCUGCCGACGCCUCGGUGAAGAGCGGGCGACGGAGGCUGGCAGCCUGGAAGCCCGGCUCCGAGAGAGCGAGCAGGCCCGCGCCCUGCUGGAGCGGGAGGCCGAAGAGGCUCGCAGGCAGCUGGCCGCCUUGGGCCACACGGAACCACUCCCGGCUGAGGCCCCCUGGGCCCGGCGGCCUCUGGAUCCGAGGCGGCGUAGCCUCCCUGCAGGCGAUGCCCUGUACUUGAGUUUCACCCCCCCACAGCCCAGCCGAGGCCACGACCGCCUGGAUUUGCCUGUGACUAUUCGCUCUGUCCAUCGACCCUUUGAGGAUCGAGAGAGACAGGAGCUGGGCAGCCCCGACGAGCGGCUGCAAGAUAGCAGUGACCCCGACACCGGCAGCGAGGAGGAAGGUAGCAGCCGUCUGUCUCCGCCCCAUAGUCCACGAGACUUCACCCGAAUGCAGGACAUCCCGGAAGAGACUGAGAGCCGUGACGGGGAGCCUGUAGCUUCAGAGAGCUAAGGGGGCCCCUCCCCCCACCCCAUGUCCCCCUGAAGAACAUUACUGAGGGAGGCAAACCUGGGGACUCCAAUCUGCCAAUGACGAGGGAACAUUUGAAAGAACUGCUGAUUGUCCUUGCCAGCUCUUGGGAUCCUUGGACACGGGGGCGGGGGGGGGGCGCCAUUUAGGAAGCUGGGGGUAUUAGGCCACAGUGCCCCCUGGUGGCAUCCAGAAGCUACACUGCAGAUGCCAAUUUUUCAUGCCUUCUUCCCUCUACUUUAGGAAAAUUUAUUUAUUUAUUGUUUAUUAGUUAUGGAGGGAGAGGGGAGAUUUAGAGGACCAGGGACAUGGGAACCAAGCCAUAGGGAUCAGGGGGCCUUGUCCUUUAACACUACUGGGGUUUAUUCAGGCUUAACCAUGCAGCUGCUGGGUUCUAGCCCUGACACCCGUCCUGAGCAACACCCAUCUUUGAGGAGAGGCUGCAGCCAUGAGACCCUACUGCCCCUUCAGGAAGGGCUGUGGUCAGGGCCAUGUCCCUCUCCCCUUCCCCUCAACCUCUUACUGCUGUUCUCCCUUCUCUCUGUCUUCUAUGGAAACCCCAGGGAGAUAACCUGGCUUCCUAGAGUUGAUGGAAUACAGGUUGAGGUGGCCGUAAAGGUUUGUUGGGGGGUGAGGGGGAAAACUCACAGGGACCAGAAUGUUUCUUUGUUGUUGUUGUUUUCUUUUUUGUACCAAAGCCAACUGCACGUGUUUUAUAUUUUUAAGAGAAGAUUGUAGGCAAUUAGAAAUCGCAGACUUCUAUCUCUACAUCUCGGAAGAACUUGAGGGAUGGGGGGAACAAUGACUUCUCCACUCAUCUAUAGUACUGGGGGACCCCUUUUGACCUCUUCCCCAGCUAUUUGGCAAAACAGUUCUUAGGUGAGUUGGGAAAUCUCUACAAACCCUGACCUCAUCCCCCAUCUCAGCAACCAUGACCUGAAACCUCUGCGUGAAUUUGGGGGAUUUUUCAAUGGACCUCCCCCCCCGCCCAGUGCCUGCCAGCCCCAGCCAGUUUUCUGCAAAUUUGAUUG